AUGGCGGCCUUGAAUGCCAAUUUCCCCUCAAACCGACCACUCUCGGGCUUGUCCCCCAUGCACCUGACUGCUUGCCCUGGCCCAACGACGGGCGCUCAAUCUGCCGCUGCAGCUGCUGCCAUGGCGGCCGCAGCCAUGGCAGCCGCAGCCAACUAUGCCAGUCCAUCGCCUGCAUGUAAUGGACUCACUCCGGCUGGGCUGAGUCCCUCCGCAAGUCCAGCCAUCUCUGGUCCUCAAAUCUGUACGCCUCCACCGCCACCACAACCACCACAAUCACACCAAACAACAGACCAACUUUCAACGACCGCAGCACUGGCCUUUUAG